AUGGUAAACGUUCGGACUGGGACCGGGGCGCCGACCCCUACCGCGGCGGAUCGCACGGCAGGCUCUGCGACUCCUUCCCUCGACAGAGAAGACAGCAUUGGGAGCACCAGCACCUCAAGCAACUAUAAUAGUACCGCCUUCAACAAGAACCAACCUCUAUCCAAGUCCAACUCGGUCCUCUCGCACAAGUCCAUACCAUUCACCGGUGCCUACCCUAUCGGCCACCUCAAGGUGGUGCAGCCAGCAGAGCCCAUAUGUGAAGGCGGCGAGACCAUAGGAGACGAGGGCAGUACCGCCGUGAGCGACAGUGGCGGCACAACAAGAGGUAGUUCACGGAUAUCUGGAACCACCACUGGGGACCCACCGGCCUCGACGGGCCAUCCGUCCAAGGGCGAUGUUUUUGUUCUCCUCAGCAUCCCGUUCGAGUCGCAAGUGGGGUGCGAUGUUAUGGCUCUGACGGUCAAGAAGACUGCUGCCACUACGAUGACGGGGGGUAAUGAUGGAGACAACGAUGCUUUACUCGGCUUUCGAGAUCUGCCACCCGGAACCCACUUUGUAUGGCUAUCAGCACCGGGCGCCAUGUCUCGACAAGGGUACUGGUUCGUGACACAGCCAGAACCAUCCGGUGCUGUUCGUGUCAAGCAGUGGGACCGCUUCAACGAGGUCCUAGGCGAGAGUGCCAGCCAGUACGAGGCUCGGUCUCUGACUGACAACAUUGCGGCAGUCUCUCCCAGACUGGUGUCCUACAACAGUGCAGGCCACAGCGCGACUACCUCCCCCGGCCAGCCCACGACCACACCCACACCGCUUCGCCAACCGUACCCAGGCCCACCUCCGCGCGACUCUGAGACAGUUGUACACGAGGACAGAAUCUGGUCGAGCCUCACCUCCUGCAUCAAUGAGACCGUUCUCGGACGCAUCACAGGACGCAAGGCGGCUACCACGACCGGAGGGAAGGUGCAGAGAGGUGCAGUGGUGGCGGCGGCAACGGCGGGGCCAACAAGUGCGGUGACACACACAGAAUGGAUGGUGUCCACGACCGAUACCGCAAAAGGCGAAAUUGCCAUGCCCAGGGCAGCACCAAGUCAGCUGUGGGCAGGCUUUGCCGAGUUUACUUUUUUGUUCGCCAAGGACGACCUCGACCCGUUCCACCUUAUUGCGUCUCGUGACAAGAGCAAGUUGAGAAACAGCGGGCCGGCUACACCGGCAUUGUCUUCUGAACUUGGAGGCAGUGGCGCCAAUCGGUCGGAACGCAGGACUGGGGCAUCCGAUACGACGGACCGCAUUAUUGCUGUUCUAGAACACUCCUUCCCUUCCCCAGACGACAGUACAACAGUCACACAUCUCGACGACAACGACCUGAUUGGAGAGCUUCAGUUUGUCUUCCUCACAGGAACGCUCCUGAGCAACCUGUCUUGCCUGGAGCAGUGGUGGCAUCUUGUGCUCAAGAUCUUCCUCCGUGCACAGGGCCUCGUAUCCCGCCGUCCGAGCCUCUGCCGGUCCUUCAUACAAACCCUACAUAGCCAGUUCUCGUAUCUUGAACGCUACGUGUCUGGCGGCUUCCUUGGGUAUACUUUGGCAAGAACUGCUGGACAAUCGAUCACCACCGUAGACGCAGAUGCUGGUGGCGCCGGCAUCUUCGAAGCCAAGCCGCAAGGUGCUGCUCGCCUGCAGGCCUCACUGACAGAUUUCAAGCGGCAUCUUAACGAAACGCUCUUGGGCCUUGGGAAGGCCGCAUCGCCUGAAGAGGCGGCCGUUGGCGAAGCCUUUGCCAGCCUCGAGGCGUCCCUGUGGAAGUACGGCUGGGACCUGCGCAGCGACUACGCUGCAGACAAUGGUGGCAACAAUAGCACGGAAUACGACGACAAUCGUGGCGGCCGCUUUGGUGAUCCUGCCGACAACGAUGACGCUGAUGGAGAGAUGGACUACUACGAGGAGGCUAUCAAGCAGACGACCGGUUCUGGAGAGAAAUCCCACCGAAAACACCAUACGGGCCUUUCUGAUACUGACUCGGACUCUGACCAACCAGUCUUGGUUGAUCUCGACGCGGAUGGUCGAGAGGUCGGCCUCCUCUCUUGGGACUGA